CGUUUGUGAGAAAUGAUAAGCAACGACGCUUUCAUCCCAAACAUUCGUUUUGUUUCAUCUAAAUCGUAUUUAAAUCAGUGCUAGUUAUUUCAGUGUUCAAGAUUUCUGUGUGGAUAUCUAAAUAUUACAAGGGUAAAUUAUGAGUCAGAUAGUUACGCGUAAGGGGCAUGUUGGAGAAGAAAAGGAUAAGAGACAAACUGACAGUCCAGUAAAAGAAAUGAAGAAGAAGAUAGCGGCAAACGCGGAAAAGGAGAAACAGGCAGCGGAGAAAAUUACAGAAAAGUCAGAGAAAUCUGUGCACCACGAAAAAGAAAAGAAACAUGAGAAGGCUUCUGAAAAGAUAGAUAAACCAGAUAAAGUUGUUGAGAAAACAGACAAAAAAGAUAAAUUAGAUAAGAGCAUAGACAAAAAAGAUAAGUUAGAUAAAAGCGUUGACAAAAAAGACAAGUUAGAUAAAAGCGUAGACAAAAAAGACAAGCUAGAUAAAAGCUUGGACAAAAAAGACAAGGCGGAGAAAAGUGUUGACAAAAAGGAGGCAGAGAAAAAAGAACAUGCUGUAGAAAAGGAGAAGACAACAGAGAAGAGGGUGGUAGAAGAUAAGAAAGCGGUAGAAGAAAAGAAAGAAGACAAGAGUAAUAAGGACAAGGAUGUCAAAGCGGAAACGGACGAGAAAUCCAAGAAGCCUGAACCAAAAGCGAAAGAGAACGGUGCAAAAGUCAACGGGGAGCAAAAUGGUGACACGGUGAGUUCGGAGGACGAGCUCCAGGAUUUGGAAGUGGACCAGGAGAAAGACGAGAUGUUCCCGGAGCUGGCCUACGAGGACUCAGAUGGGGAGUGCUUCGAACCCCCAACUCCUGAGGGUGUGCCAAGUCGCAGCUACACUCGAAGGUCGCAGGUAAAGGCGACGCGUACGCCGGAGACUCCACGCCCGGCGUCCGAAAAACUAUCGGACAGAGACUACGUGCCCGACGACUCCAAACUCCUGAAGCUAAAAGACGACGUGCCCGCGUCAGAUCGCAAGCUGCGAUCGGCCGACUCUCCAAAACCAGGCAAUGCAUCGGAUUCAAGCGAUAAGGUUCUUAUACCGGUCGUAGUUCUAGAUGAUAUUAAUGAAGCCGAGAAGGAGACCAGUAAUGCGGAUGAUAAAAUGGAGAGAGAGAUCGAAGUGGUUGUGGAAGUUGAAAAUGAAGACGAGGGCCGCGUGAAGGCGGACACCAACUUCUCCAAGUCGCGCGUCAAAGUGUCACCCUACCGGCGCAGCACGCGGCUCGCCGACAACACCAACACGUCGCUGCUGGCCAAUUAUACAGGCAACAACACGACGAUGGAGAUGGACAUAACGGAGACGUCGUCGUUCAUCUCGGAGGAGCCCAGCCCCGACAGCCCCUACCUCAGCGGCCUGCGCAGCAUCCGCGGCCGCCGCUCCUACAAGCCGCUGCGCGAGAUGGCGCUGCGCAACAUCGGCGGCGCCCGCGGCGCCCGCGCGCCCGCCACCGGCGCCACCAGUGCGGAACAUCCGACGCGGCCGACUGGUACUGUGGUGGGACGCAAGCGCAAGCCGUCGCACGAGGAAGUCGUCGAGCUCGCCAGCGAGGCUGAGGAGGCCGUGAGGAGCAAGCGUGCAAGGCUUCUGGAACGCCUAGCUAAGCCCUUCCGGAUGGCCUCCACGCCGCUUCCCGCACGCCGCGCCGCUGAGAUCGUCGGCAUCAACACAGACCUGCCGCUAAGCGCGCCGGUCGCCUCGGCGGACACCUUCGACCCGGAGGCCAUCAAGCCCCCAGGCGCGACCGUCGCCGCCCCGCCGACCCCCUCGCCCGCCGUCGCGGAGCGGGACUCCAAGCGCUGCGUCGUCAUGUAACAUAGCACUGACACCGCCUUGUUAACCAUAAAGGGUUAUGUCAUAAAACGUUUACGUGUCAGGUGACAGAGGCGAAGCUUUUUACGUUUCCUAUGAAUGAUGUCUGUAUUCAAAUCUCAUAGGUUAUACCGACCAAUGAAACGGCCUCAUAUAUGAGGUGUAUAUAUACACUCCGUUUUUCUUACUUGUCUUAAAUUACAAACGGUCUUUUCAUUGCUUUUUAGAAUAGAAAAAACCGGCCGAGUGCGAGACGGACUCGCGCAUGAAUUGUCUAUGCAAACUGCAAAAUAGACAAGUCCGUUGUAGGGGGGAGCCUCCCUUAAAUAUUUGUCACAUUUUAAUUUAAUUGAUUUUAAUUCAAAUACAUAUUCUGUAAAGUCACGUUUGUUGUGUGGGAGCCUCUUUAAUUCUGUUUCUUGUGUUGUUAUAACGGCAACAUUAUACAUUGGUAAAAAUUUCAAGUGUCUAACUAUCACGGUUUAUGACAUAAAGCCUGGUGAUAGACGGAUAGACAGACAGAAAGACGGACGGACAGCGGAGUCGUAGUAAUAGGACCCCUUUGUGUACCAAACUCCUAAAAAGUAACGAAAAAAUUGUUUAUAUAAGAGAAAACAGAGUUUAGAUAAGUUCGUGUAUUUAGUUAACCGCAGGGGACAAUUGCGUAAGCUAAAUGCACGAUAUACAAGCACCAUCUUGUCUUCGUCAUGAGAUUUGUCGAUAUACAUCGUUUCCAACUGCACUCCUCAUUGGCUGGCGGAGUCGUUUCCGCUCGCUCGCUCGUUUCACGUUAAAAAGCUUCGCUUCAAGUGAUGUUUUGCGGAAAGAGAUAAAUUCCAAUCCCCACCGAUCCCUUAUUGUGUGUGAUUAUAUUCGCAUACAUUUCUCUCCCCGUUAUUUGGCUAUUUCUUAGCAUUGCAUUAUAAACUUUAUCUAGAUGGAAUAAAGUUAAAAGUCCAGUUUGAAGCGGCGAAGGUAUCGUGUUUAUAUUUUGACAGAAUUAGGUUACGCCAAAGUUAAGUUGCGUUAAUAGGUCAUUUAUUCAACUACGUUAGUUGUGCGCUGUGGAGGUCCCGCGUUCGAUUCCCGGCUAAGGAAAUUUGUAAAUUUCUGAAUUUUCUCUAAUAUGGUUCAAGCCUGGCGUGACUAACCCCUUCUACAAAGACGUGCCGCCAACAGCGUUCCGGUACGAUGUCGAUUAGGGGUUUAAUAUAAAUGUCAUUCCCCUUACAGGCAAUUCCGUUACCAUCUUAGACUGCAUCAUCACUUACCACCACAGAUUACAGUUAAGCGCUAACUUGUAGUGUUGAGUAAUAAAAAAUUUAAAAAGUAACAACUCUGGCAAUGAAAAGCGCUGUACCUACCCUUCCUACCAAAGGACUUUCAAAAGCUCUCUCGCUCUUUCCGGAAAACGUCUAUUAAAUGUCCCUUUUACAUUGUAAGUGUAUUUUAUAUAGAGACAGUACAAAAUGUACUUUUAUUUUGUCACGGUCAAAGGAUGUUGAACUUUACAAUAUAUAUAUGUAAUAAGAUGUACAUGGACUUAAAUGGUGAACGUCUGGUAUGUUAAAAUUUGUAAGAGCAUAAAUUUAUAUUAGUAUUAUCGAUAAAUUUUAACAUUAUUAUGUUAAAUCGUGGAAUUGGAAUAUAGAAGUUAAACAUCCGAAUAACCUUAAAUUGGGUCACAACGUGAAAUCUAGUAAAAUCUAUAUUAGUAUUUGUGUAUGUUAAAUCCUCUUAACAAAUAUCGGAGAUGUUUAAUUUCGUCACGGGAUGAAAGCCUAUUCGGUUUAAAUGUAUGUGAAAUUAUGCUUAGCAUUUAUGUUAAAUCGUGGUAUCGGAUUGUUAAAAAGAAACAUGUUAGAUGUUAAAUUUGAUAAUACAAUGGUUGUACUAUACUGUUCACUUAUAAUGUUAUUCGGUUAAAUAUGUGAAAUAAUGUUUAUUUACUAAUAAUCGGUGCCUUUUUAUCGUACAAUACUGACCCGUUUAAUCUGUCCAAAGUCAGAAUUCUUUGCUAAUAAAAAUAAUAAGCAAAGACACAAUAUUAAGAAAAAAAUAUUUAAUAGUUUGGUGAAUAAGAAGCACCCUUUACCGAGUUUAAGUGACGAGUAUUAAUUGAAUGAAUUGCGAUCGUUUCAUGCCUAAAUGCAGAAGUUAACUGGUGUAGUAAACUUUAAUUAUUUCGAAUAUUGCUUAGAGUUAUGCAGAUAGAUGUAAAUGGUUGCCAAUGUUUGACGGUAAAAGAUUCAUUGUAUAUAAAAUUUGCGAUGUUUUAGCAUCGAUCAUGAAGAUCCAUUGAUAUAUAUGUAUAAGUAAUAUGAGUAUAUUACUUUAUAAAUUUUAAUAUUUUUUGUUCAAUCAUUGAGUCCACUUUUUUGUGUUGUUUAGUAUGUGAAAUGUCGCAUUUCGAACUACGUACUAUUUAAUAUAAAACCUUUUUCGUGUCUCCAAAUGUGUUAAUUACUAAAAAGUGUUCAAGUAUGAAAAAAAACUUAUCCCUAUGAAAUAACAGCACACCUAAUCUAAUAAAAGUUGUGUACCGAUUUUAUAGUUACGCAAUGCUUUGUUUCCUUCUAUCGAAUGCCAAAUUAUUGAUAAUAGAUAGACAGAUAAAACAUUGUAUAACUUGUCAUUGGCUAUACAUAACGUUUAUUCGUACGGCCCUGUUAUAUUUGCAUCAAUUCAAUUCAAAAUUCAAAUAAAUUCGAUUCAAAAUUCAUUUAUUUCAAGUAGGCCUAAUAUAAGCAUUUUUGAAACGUCAAGUCUGUCUGUUUGUAGUGUCUGUAUCUAACAUCGAAUGUUAAUGCAUUUAUGAACUAUACUUGAUUUUAUUGCUCGUGCAGUUUGCCAAACAUUUCAUUCUAUUUUAAUUAAUUAUAAAAAAGUGUACUAAUAGCAGGAAACUCAAUAAAAUGUGAGAUUUUCUACCUACGUUUACUUAUUCGUACGCGUGAAUUUAACUUCAAUUUGUAUGGUUUCAAAAGAGCGUCAUCUACUUAAAAUACUGGGAAAAAGGAAUGCCAAGGAAUGUCUCUCUUUCGAUAUCAUGUAAAUCUUACUUAACGGUCACGCGAUAGAAAAGGUUAACGUAGAAUCUCACAUUGGACAACCAGACCAGUAAUGAAGAAUGACCAGAUUUUUUUUUUCAUAUAAAUGAUAUACGCAUAAAAUAUGCCCACAUUUAGCUGCCCACCUAAAAGUUUUUGUUUUUACAUAUUUUAUUUAGGAAGGAUUUUUCUAUUGUGUAUCUUAAUUGCUUGUACGGCUGGCGUAUACUUUGUGUUAGAUGCAGUUUAGCAAAAAAGAUCACAUUUCAAACUCCAAAAUACACAAAUAACAAUCCUAACAUUAUGAUAUUUUAAAUUUCGACUUAUUAUUCCAGCUAAGUUUUAUCAAUUGACUAAACUAUAGUUGUUAUAGCGGACAUGUUUUUAAUUGCUAACACUGUUCUCUCGCGACACUUUGUCUUGCGUUGGUUACAAGAUAUUUUAUUUUCUUACAAUCAAUGUAAAAUAAACAAUUUCUUCCGCAUACGAACACACUGUUGCUGUCCAGUUAACUUUCUUUUGCCCGUUUUCACUUAACCUAGAAUAGCCUUCAUUGGAUGCCUAGUAAUUUAGGUGAUUCCUAGAGACAAAAAAAAAACUUUUCACGAACUCUUAUCUGAUGUCUAACGACGAAAACUGGCAUUUGACUAAUGUACUUAGAUAGAGCUGCCUAACACUCUCAACUCUGGCUUAGGCGCCAACCACUCGCCUUAGCAAGGCUAGCAUGGAAAAGAUACAUUUUUCUCCCAGGGUUUAUCUUCUCCCACAGCUUUAUCAACUCUCGGAGCAUUGGCACACCAGCGGAAAUAAUAUCCAAAUAAUAAACGGGAGUAAGCUUCUCCUAUUAUCUGUUGCCGUACUUUGACAGUGGGUAGAAUUUUUGUCUCCUCCAACACAUCGUUAACGAACUUAAUCCUAAAGUUACAUCUAACACUGAAGUAGGGGCACACAGUAACAACCUCUUUAUAGAGUGAUAGCGUGAAGUCGAGUUUCUCGAUUACUAAAGUCGCACUCGCAGACGUUUAUUUCACAGACAAAUUAACGCAUUUGUUAUGGAUUUACCAAUUAAAAACAUGUCCGUAACUUGCGGUGCGUCCAGUGCGUUCAAACCUUUAUACAAACCUACCUAUAGUUUCAGGCGGAGCUAUCAGUUUUAUAUUAUUUCAUUCGAAAUAUAGUUUGGUAAUAAACAAAUUUUACCCUUUGUGUAAAAAAAAGGUAAUGAACUAACCUGAUGCUCGACUAAUGGCGCACUAUAUCAACUCAACACUGACUCAACUCAAGUUAGAGCACGAACGAACAAGAAGCUUUAUGUCGUGCGGCAUAAAGACUACAUUGCAAUGUUUUAUUUCGGGUUAAGUCGGGUGUUGAAUCGAUAUGCUGUGUCAAGUCCUGGAUGUAAUUUCCGUUGGUUAAAAAUAAGCUUAGAUUAAGAUUUAGUUUAGUUCGGUACAGAUAUGCGACUUUGUGCAAUCUUUCCCAAAAACAAAAAGUAAAAAUCGAAUAUGAUGCCCGGAAAAUACACAUAUUUUGAAAUUGAUAUCAAAUAUCGUGUAAAAAUAUUAUAUUCAUUUUUUAUUUAGAUGAAAUAUAUAGAAGUAUUAUGAAUUACGUCUUUCAUUUUGUCAUAAAAUCCGUCGAGGCUUUACACUCGUUUCGAUGUAACCGAUAUUUAUUUAGGUUAAACCGGUAUCAUCAUUUUGAAUUCACUUGAGAAAAUAAUGAUUAGGGAAAGAUAUAUUAAACGCUUAUUGACCGGUUUCUUGCACGAGUACAAGGGUGGCUGCUAAGUACGAGAUCAAACAAUGAGCGUUCAAUGAACCCAGUCAAUGCUCACGCAUGGAAACCGCUCAUUAAUCGGUCAAUAGAUUCGUAGUUCCUUGAUAAAAUCUUUGAAAUAAUUAACCGGUCCAGAAACUGUUUGUUUACUUUGUUAGUAACUGCUUUUGUUGGUUACUAAUUUAUCAUUUCAAUUCAAUUCAAUUCUUGUUUAUGGCUUUAAGUA